UCUUAGACGCUCGACGCCUCGAUCGGAACUCGCCAGGUCUAUACAUCGUUGGUAUCAGCUGCAAAGUCGCCCAAGACAGUUCUUAAGAGCAUUUUCUCGGCCGGUCGGAUUUGUAGCUGGAAACAGGCACUGGUCAGCCAAGAAAACAUGCAGCCAACUCCCCCUGUCUCCAAGGCAGCGCGAUGGGUACUCAAUCAUCAAAUCGGCCUCUCAGUUGGCGCUGUUGCCCUUGCUCUCCUUGCACACGCAUGUCUACCUACGGCCCGGCGGUAUACAUCUGUGGUCUUGCUGGUUUCACACUAUAAUCCGGAAACACAGAGAUACGCUAUUGGCCGCAGUGAUGCUUAUUUUCUCGGCUUCUGUAUUGUUCUCUUUACUGGCUUACGUGCGAGCUUCAUCAAAUAUGCCCUGGCACCUCUCGCCAAGCGCUGGGGGAUUUUCAAGCCGAGAGACAUUACCAGGUUCUCCGAACAGGCAUGGCUACUUUGUUAUUAUUCGGUCUUUUGGACACUUGGUCUGUACAUCUACUGCACGUCAAAAUACUUUCUCAACCUAAGGGAGAUGUUUACUGACUGGCCCACACGCGAACUCCCUGGGCUCAUUAAAUUCUACAUCCUAGGCCAGUGGGCCUUUUGGCUGCAGCAGCUCAUUAUCGUCAACAUCGAAGAGCGCCGUAAGGAUCAUUUGCAGAUGGUUGCCCACCACCUCGUGACAAUCUUACUCAUUUACACCUCCUAUACCUUACACCUGACCCGCGUCGCCAAUGUGAUUCUCGUCUUGAUGGACGUAGUCGAUAUUUUUUUUCCCCUCGCCAAGUGUCUCAAGUACGCCGGCUUCUCAGCCCUCCGCGACACCAUGUUCGGCAUAUUCAUGCUCUCCUGGUUCCUAGCCCGCCACGUCUUCUACUGCAUAACCAUGUGGAGCAUCUUCACGCACAUGCCGCAGGAAAUCUCCAUUGGAUGCUACCGCCUGUCCCAUGGCACGAUAACCGGGCCGUCCCCGCUCCCCCAGGGCUGGGCUUACAUGCUCGAGCCCUUCCGCAACCCCACCGGGACAAUCUGCUAUAGUGAUGGCAUACGCUGGGGGUUCCUGGGAGCUCUUGGGUUUCUGCAACUUCUGACGAUUAUCUGGUUUAUGCUGAUUGUGCGCGUUGCGAUCCGGGUGGUUAAGGGCUUGGGGGCGGAUGACAUCAGAAGUGAUGACGAGGGUGGGGAGGAUGUAGAAAUCAAUGCUGCACUCGAGAGUGACCCCGAAGCCAGACCUGAGGAUAGAGGCUUGGAUUCAGAGCGCAAACAGCACCUGCUCGAGCUUAGUGCCGGGCAUAGUAACUGCAAAUCCUGCACGCACAGACAUGGUACGGUUGUGACAAAUCGCGCCGCGAGCUCAUCUGGCAUAAGCCUCUCGAAACAUCACAACCGCAAGGAAUUGCUGGGCCGCAUUGGUUGUGAAAAGCAGGUUGACUAAGGUGCGGAUCUUGGUCAAGGGUGGUACGGGCGCGUACUUGUUUAGGGUGCUUCAAUCAGAGCAUAGGAGGAAUAAGCUUGGAGGCAUAUGGUGGACAAGAUUUGAGGGGAGAAUAUUUAGAUAUAUGAAGCAAACGAGUACGGCUAAAGAGUCUCGGCUAGAGAGUAAAAGAUCAAGGACACAAACUCCAAGACCACGGUACAGAUUCACUACUUUUCUAGACGAACAAAAACCUAAUCAACAAGCUUC